GACAAAAGCAACAAGCAACCAGUACUGUCGAAAAAAUUUUGGAAUCAGCAACGGCGAUGACGAAUGGGUGGGACGAUGUUAACGAGUCAACUAACAAGCAAGAUUUGAUCUCCUUCUAUCUCCGUGGAGCUUAUGCUCUUGUCUCAGCCAUCGCUCUUGUUCAAUUGGUGAGGAUCCAAAGAAGAGUGCCUGAACAUGGCUGGACCACACAGAAGGUGUUUCAUCUUAUGAACUUUAUCGCCCUUGGAGCUCGUGCGGUUCUAUUUGGAUAUCACCAGCUCGUGCAUCCCAAGGUUCUUUGCUGGAUAUUACUGGAUCUUCCAGGCCUUUUCUUUCUCUCGGCUUACACAAUACUCAUUCUCUUCUGGGCAGAGAUAUAUCACCAGGCCAAAGGCUUACCAGGGGAUAAGCUGCGGAAAACCUAUAUCGGAGUCAAUGUGGCUGUAUAUUUGGCUCAGGUAUGUGUUUUUGUGUGUGUUAAUGCUUAUCUCGUAAUCAAAGUGUCGGGAAAUUUAUCAGUUAAUGGUUUUAUUGGGGUUGUCUUUUCUCAUGUGUAUUUUUUGGUAUGCUAUAGAUUGUUUGUUAUGCUAAAAAGGUUCCCUAUUGAGUCAAGAGGGAGAAGCAAGAAGAUGUAUGAGGUAGUUGUAACUGUGACAGCCAUAGGCAUAACCAGUUUCCUCAUAAGAUGCAUUGUGGUGGGUGUAUCAGCUUUUGACGGGGAUUUGACGCUGGAUGUUCUUGAUCGUCCGGUUCAGAAUUUAAUCUACUAUAUGGUGGUUGAAGUAAUUCCAUCGGCGCUAGUUCUGUUCAUUCUGCGUAAGCUACCUCCAAAGAGGGUAGCAACACAAUACCAUCCAGUCCAGUAG